ACUCUCGUGACGCGGCCCCAGUUCCCACUCCCAUUGGGUGUCAGAUUCUAGAGAAGCCAAUCAGGGUCUCUGCGGUCCGGCUUCUAAAGUCCCCACUCAGACUCACACUCUCCCCGGACGCCUAGGACGGGGUCAUGGCGCCUCGAGCCCUCCUCCUGCUGCUCUCGGGGGCCCUGGCCCUGACCGAGACCUGGGCCGGCUCCCACUCCAUGAGGUAUUUCCACACCGCCGUGUCCCGGCCCGGCCGCGGGGAGCCCCGCUUCAUCUCGGUGGGUUACGUGGAUGACACGCAGUUCGUGCGGUUCGACAGCAACGCCGCGAGUCCGAGGAUGGAGCCGCGGGCGCCGUGGAUAGAGCAGGAGGGACCGGAGUAUUGGGACCGGGAGACACAGAAAGCCAAGGCCCACGCACAGGUUUUCCGAGUGAACCUGCGCACAGCGCUUCGCUACUACAACCAGAGCGAGGCCGGGUCUCACACCUUCCAGAGGAUGCAUGGCUGCGACCUGGGGCCUGACGGGCGCCUCCUCCGCGGGUAUCACCAGUUAGCCUAUGAUGGCAAGGAUUACAUCGCCCUGAACGGGGACCUGAGCUCCUGGAGCGCCGCGGAUAUGGCGGCUCAGGUCACACAGCGCAAGUGGGAGGCGGCCCGUGAAGCUGAGCAGCGGAGAGCCUACCUGGAGGGCGAGUGCCUGGAGUCGCUCCGCAGAUACCUGGAGAACGGGAAGGAGACGCUGCAGCGCGUGGAUCCCCCAAAGACACACGUGACCCACCACCCCGUCUCUGACCAUGAGGCCACCCUGAGGUGCUGGUCCCUGGGCUUCUACCCUGCGGAGAUCACACUGACCUGGCAGCGGGAUGGGGAGGAGCAAACUCAGGACACUAAGCUUGUGGAGACCAGGCCAGCAGGGGACAGAACCUUCCAGAAAUGGGCAGCUGUGGUGGUACCUUCUGUAGAAGAGCAGAGAUACAUGUGCCAUGUGCAGCACCAGGGGCUGCUGGAGCCCCUCACCCUGAGAUGGGAACGGGCUUCCCAGCCCUCCAUCCCCAUCAUGGGCAUCGUUGCUGGCCUGGCUGUCUUAGGAACUGUGGUCACCGUAGCUGUGGUUGCUGCUGUGAUGCGGAGGACAGAGAGCUCAGGUGGAAAAAGCGGGAGCUACUGUAAGUGGCGGGGGCGGGAGUGUGGAGGAGCUCACCCACUCCAUUAUUCCUCCUGUACCACGUCUCCUGUGGGCUCUGACCAGGUCCUGUUUUUGUUCUACCCCAGGGAGCAGCAGUGCCCAGGGCUCUGAUCAGGACUCUGAUCAGAGUCUCUCAUGGCCUGUAAAGCCUGAGACAGCUGCCUUGUGAGGGACUGAGAUGCAGGAUUUCUUCACGCCUCCCCUUUGUGACGUCAAGAGCCUCUGGCAUCUCUUUCUGCAAAGGCAUCUGAAUGUGUCUGCGACCCUGUUAGCAUAAUGUGAGGAGGUGGAGAGACAGCCCACCCCCGUGUCCACCGUGACCCCUGUUCCCAUGCUGACCAGUGUUUCCUCCCCAGUCAUCUUUCCUGUUCCAGAGAGGUGGGCUGGAUGUCUCCAUCUCAGUCUCAACUUCAUGCUGCAUUGAGCUGCAACCUCUUACUUCCCUACUGAAAAAGAAUCUGAAUAGAAAUUUGUUUUCUCAAUAUUUGCCAUGAGAAGUUGAUGGGUUAAUUAAGUCAAUUCCUAAAAUUUGAGAGAGGAAAUAAAGACCUGAGAACCUUCCAGAA